UCACCGAGGGAGAGGAGCGAAUCGUUCGAAAUGGAGUCCCCUGUUUCGAUGCCCUCGAGCCCUGCUGCUGAAGAGAGUGGGGAGAUGGAGGUGGAGGAGCCGAUGGUAGCGCCCAUGGAAGAGGAAGAACGGGAGGAGGUGAAUGCCCACUGGAGGGGGUGGAGGGAGCGCGAGCCGUGGCCGCGGAAGAGCGGCGGGGUGAUGCUGGAGGGGUACGUGGACGCGGGAGACGGCGGCGACUUGGCGUCGGGUGGCGUCGCUAGGACGAAGAGCUUGACGGAUGAGGACUUGGAGGAGCUCAAGGGGUGCCUCGACCUGGGGUUCGGGUUCAGCUACGAGGAGAUCCCCGAGCUCUGCAACACGCUCCCGGCGCUGGAGCUCUGCUACUCGAUGAGCCAGAGAUUCUUGGACGAGCAGCAACAACAGCAGCUAUCGCUAGAUCGUUCCUCCUCGGGCGAGUCCAUGGAUCUGUGCCCGUCGCCCCCGUCUCCUCCCAUAGCCAACUGGAGGAUCUCCAGCCCAGGAGAUGAUCCAGAUGAAGUUAAAGCAAGGCUGAGGUAUUGGGCUCAAGCGGUGGCUUGUACCAUUAGGUUAUGCAGCUGAUACAAAGGCUGCAUCUUUCUUGACCGCUUCUGGUUGUGAGAGGAACGAAUCCGUCGGAGUCGAACACCGAGCCCAUCUUCGACAGAGUGAAUCCAUCCUCUGUGCCUUCGGAUGCCGCUGUACUUUUGCCGGAGAGAGUUCCUCGUCGGAGUCCCACACGGAGGCAGGAAAGAGAGGAAUCGUACUCUGUGUCGAGGGAGAGCGAGACACUAAUGUUGGAAGUUGCCGUCCUGUAGAAGCUACGUAUUUCUUAACGUUUCAUGUAUUAUUGUAAAUAUGAAUAAAAAAUAUUCUUUUUUCA